AUGAAAAUUAAGCAAUUAACAAUCAAGCCAAUAUUUUAUUAUUAACCAGAGAUAUUAAAACCAUCUUAGAAAUUUGAACCUAAACCAAAACCUUAUUGUGAAACCUUGCAUUUUUAAAGAGAAGUAGAAAUCUUCAAAAUUUGCUUUUUUAGAAAAAUAAAAGUAGACGAGAAUGGACAUUUGGAGUAAUAUUUGCAUUAUUCUAUUUUAUGAACUUCCAUGGAAAAGAAUUUAUUUACUUUCCUUGGUGUUAACCAUCAAAACCAGAAUAAUUGUGA